UUGCCCUGGAUGAUAAAUUGGCUCUCCCGGCUCCCGUAGUCUCCCGGUUGUUCCUCUUGCCCGGAGUAGCCAUGGCGGCUAUGAGUCUACUGCAGCGGGCUUCGGUCACUGCGGUGGCCGCGCUGUCCCGCCGCCGCCUCGGCCCUCCACUUGGACUCGGGGGCUUUCUCACGCGUGGCUUUCCGAAGGCUAUCGCUCCUGUGAGACACAGUGGAGACCAUGGGAAAAGACUGUUUGUUAUCAAACCUUCUGGAUUCUAUGACAGGCGUUUUUUGGAUUUACUGAAAUUCUACAUUAUGUUGACUGGGAUUCCAGUAGCAAUUGGCAUAACUCUGGUGAAUGUAUUCAUUGGGGAAGCUGAGUUAGCUGAAAUUCCAGAAGGCUACAUCCCGGAGCACUGGGAGUAUUUCAAGCAUCCUAUAUCAAGAUGGAUUGCCCGAAAUUUCUAUGACAGUCCUGAAAAGAAUUAUGAACGAACAAUGGCUAUCCUUCAAAUUGAAGCUGAAAAGGCUGAAUUACGGUUAAAGGAGCUGGAAGUACGAAGAUUAAUGCGUGCGAGAGGUGACGGUCCCUGGUUUCAAUAUCCAACCAUUGAUAAGGAGCUUAUUGAUCAUGCUCCAAAAGCAAAUCCUGACAGCUAAUUUUUUAUUUCUCUAAAUACGAACUACAUUCUCUUUAUGGGAAAAUGAAGUAAUAAUAUAUUCUGUAUUUUUGCUCAGAGUGAUGAAUAAAAAAUAUCCUCUUCGAUUGCUCUGUUUCUUAGUGUUGGUUCAGACUAAGGUUUUUUGUGUUUGAUUUAAUUUUUUUAGCUUUAUUAGGUAUAAUUGACAAAAGUUGUAAGAUAUUUAAAGUGUACAUCAUGAUUAUUUGAUAUAUGUAUACAUGUGAGUGGCAGAUUAAGGCUUUUGAUUUGGGAGUUUCAGCUUCCUCUUUUAAGACGGUUUAAAGUUUUUUUUUAACUUGGAGGAAAAAAAACUUGGAGGAAUAGGAACUCCUUAAAGGUGUAACUUUGAAAGAUUAAUGUUUUACUUGUCUGGUAAAUGGAAGUUAGAGAAAUCUGAGUAUGUUAAGUAUCAGGAAGUAUAGUAGUUUAUGUACAUGUCUAUAUUGUAGACAUCUGGAUGAUUCAGGGGCAACUCAAAAGAGUUUUAAAUUAUACAAAUAUUGAACCAACUAUAUAAAACAUUAACAUCUUAAUAAACAUUUUCAGUGAACAAA